AUGCAUGGUCGCCGAGACAGUACCCAGGAGAAAGGAGCCAGGACCUCUUGCCACAGAGUGGAUGUGAUUGUUGGGGGAGACAUCCUGCUCCCACUCAAUGUCUCCCUAGGAGCAGAAAUCCAAGAGAUUGAAUGGAGGUUUAAUUCUGAGAACCUUCAGCUACUCUCCUUUGGGCCUGGGAGCCACUCCUUUCUUUGGCACAGCCCCUUGGACAGAUACAAAAAGAGGCUGGGAGCCCUGCAUGAUGCCUCCCUCAUUAUUAGGAAUGUGACUCUCAAGGACAGUGGAUUAUAUGAGGCUCGGGUCAUAUUCAUAUCUGGAAUGUUCAUGGUUCACUCCUUUGCCCUCUCUGUCUAUGAACCCAUCCCUUUUCCUCAGAUCCAUAUCCAGUCACAGUGUCUCACACCGCUCUGGUGCAACAUCACCCUGGAUUGCCAAGUCUCGGGGCCUGGGAAAGCUAUAACAGUGAUCUGGAGGAGUUGGAACCUCCUGAGUGGGCUGAAGCAAUCAGAAAUGUCAGAGGAAUCUCCCAACUCCAGAACCCUGAGUCUGUCCUUACCCAUGGGUCUAUCAAACUCCUCACUCACCUGCUUGGCCAGCAAUCCUGUGGAUCAGAGAAAUAUCACCAUAGACCUGAAGGAUAUCUGUGCUCUGAGGGACAUUUAUGCUUCAGACAAAGCUCCACCGGAGCCUGUGAAUGUAUAUUCCUGUCCCUUGAAGUGGAUUCUACUGUGGAAGGGGCUUCUCCUCCUUGGGAUCCUCUUGUGGACACUGGGCAUCAGGUUCUCCCCAGCCAAGGGGCAAACUGAAGAGGUAGGAGCUAAGAAGCGCAAGGUCAACAAGCCCCAGCAACGUCAAGGCCCACCACCCUGUAUGCAGGCCUUCAACACGUCAGGCCUAGACCAUAGCCAGAGCCUUCUGCUUGAUCUCUCAGGCCUUGGGUCCUCCACACAGUUGCCAAAGUGA